ACAUUUAUAUUUUUAUUUGCAAACACAACCGCCGCCGAUAUUUGGUAUUGUGGGCGUACCUACGGUUUCAUAUAUGUGUUAAUUAGUGGGCCAUAGAUAAGCGUCACCGCCGUAGUAGACGUAAACAAGAACUAUGCACGCACACAUAUUAAAUAAAGUCCAAUAGGAAUCGUGUUGUUCAGUUGAGAUUUGGAUGCGUUUCUUGCCGGACGUGCUCCGAGAGUGAUCCAUUACCCACAAUUAAAAUACAUUUGUAUGUGUAUAAAAUGACUCGUCAAUUUGCUAAAUAAAUACAGUCUAAAAUCGGUCUGUGAUAACAAUAAUCAAAUUAUAUCCAUGUAUUUAUGUAAAGUACACAGGGUAAUUGAGUGGAUUAUGUCUGAUUUAUAAUUACAAAUAUACAUAUGUACAUACUACCCAAAAGAAACGUGAUACACACCAACACACACACACGCACGCACACAUAAACAUUUUAACCAGAAUUCAAUUUCAUAGUGAGAAUUUAUAUGCUAGUGUAAGCAUAAUUUGUGAAUGAAUUGACAAAAAUUAUAAGAGAGUUUUGUCGGUUGCCAGGGUAACGAAGUCUCGUCUCCUAAAUAGGCAAUCAGACAAAUCCCAUGUGUGUUAUUGAUCUUAAUUGAAUUGCGAUUCAAUUGAUCAUAAUUGCUAUAUCAUAGACCCGGCGGAUAAAAUGAAGAUGGCCGUCGAUAAGGAGCUGCUGCCCAUGAAGGCGCAUUACUUUCUCUUCAAUGCUGGCACCGCACCUGUUGUACCCUUUAUGCCAACUUUGGCUCUGCAAUUGGGCUACUCCUCGGUGGUAGUGGGCACCAUGUAUAUGAUCUUACCCAUUAUUGGAAUGCUGGCAAAACCCCUUUUUGGCUACAUUGCAGAUCGUUUUCAUCGCCAUCGUUGCCUCUUUUUGAGCGGACAAAUACUCACUGGAGUUGCCUUUUUUAUGAUCAUGUUUGUGCCUGCAGUGGAGAAACCACUGCCCGAAGUCCAGUUCCAUAGCCAUGCGGGCGUGGCUAGUAUCAGACACUGUUCUCCAUACAGUGAAAAUGUGGAGAGCAAUUUGGAAUCCCAUUAUGGCAACCGAAGCCUAAACUGUGAUAUGAAAUGUGACGCGAAGCCCUUUAUGUGGGAUAUUGUAUGUGAGAAUUGGUUGAAUGAAACUGUGAAUUGUGAGAUGGAUCGGAAUAGUUCCUUGUUGGAAUUCAGUACGACAAUAAGUAUGAAUGACAUUUUGGAGAUCAAUGAAAAUGACAAGAAGUGUCUACACUUUCUCAUACCCCGUGAUCAUGGAGUUGUGGCCGGCAAAAAUCGUACACUCUAUAGCCCAAAGGAGAAACAGUAUUUCGAGGCCAAUUGUCGGAUGGAUUGCCAUGAUGAUUACAUCAAGAAUCAGUUGAGAGAGAGUGCAGUGAUUAAUACGAAGGGUGCCAUGGGUCUACCGGAGUUUUGGUUCUUCUUUGGCAUGUUGAUCAUCAGUUGGGUGGGCAUGGCCGUUGUGGUGAGCAUUGGUGAUGCCAUUUGCUUUGGAAUUCUAGGCGAAAGGCAUCAUCUAUAUGGGAAGCAGCGCCUUUGCGGUUCCUUGGGUUGGGGCCUCUUUGCUCUGCUAGCUGGCGUUUUGGUGGAUCAAAUGUCGUCGGGUGACGUCAAUAAAAAUUAUACAAUUGUCUUUUGGAUGGCAUUGGUUAUAAUGGGAUGUGAUUUCUUUGCCUCUACCAAAUUGAGGCAUGCCCAAAAACAUUUAUCAUCCAAUAUACUGAGAGAUGUUGGUCAAAUGUUCCUCUCAUUUCGCUGCAUAGUAUUCUUUCUAUGGUGCGUGGCAAUUGGCCUUGGAACGGCAUUGAUUUGGAACUUUUUAUUCAUUUAUCUUGAGGAAUUGGAUAAGGCCUACGAUAUGGGUGAUAGUUCCAUUAAGACUCUGGAAGGUCUUGUAAUGGGCAUACAAUGUUUUGGCGGUGAAUUGCCAUUCUUUUUCCUAUCUGGCUGGAUUCUAAAGCGAAUGGGUCAUGUGAAUGUCAUGAGUCUCGUGCUAUUUGCAUUUGGUGUACGUUUCAUUCUGUAUUCCAUGCUGCAGAAUCCCUGGUAUAUACUACCAAUAGAGCUGCUGAACGGUCUCACUUUUGGCCUAUUUUAUGCAACGAUGGCAUCCUAUGCCAGUAUUGUGGCACCACCCGGCACAGAGGCCACCAUGCAGAGUCUGGUUGGUGCCAUCUUUGAGGGCGUGGGCGUAUCAAUGGGCAGUCUAAUUGGUGGUUUACUCUUUGAUUCAGUCAGCGCACGAACUACAUUCGAGAUAUUCGGAAUUGCUGCCUUCAUUAUCUUCAUUAUACAUGUCAUCAUUCAAAUGAUUCUACAACGCAAUGGAAACAGUGGCGUUGAAAAUGGUAAGGCAAGAGAAUCAAUCUCAGAGUCUACCGUAUCCGUUGAGAGGAGGGAGGAGGAGGGUGCUAAAGUGGACCAGUUGGCCAACAAUAAGGCAAAAACUGGUUUUAGUGAUGUCGAUUUGUCCAGUUGAUGACAAAAACAUCUAAAAACUUACUUAAAUAAAUAACUUGUAAGCGAGAAAAGAUUGACAACUCUUCGUGAAUUGUCACUUGAUACAAAUAACAACUUUAAAAUAAGAAAGUUGAAACAUUUCCACUUGGUAUUCUGAAUUCGAUGCUUUAUUUUACUUUCAAUUCUUGCCAAAACUUGUUUGUAUACUGAUUGAUUUGAAAUCAGUAUGAUUUAUUGAGAGUUUCUUCUUGGAAAAAACUAAUAUCCUACUAGAUUUUGUUUUCAUUACAGUAAAAUAUAAGUUGUCUGCACAGAAAGAACUCCGUAAAGUAUACUAAAGUUUUCUUUAAAACAAAUAAUCGCAUAAUUUUUAGCCUAUUUCAAAAAGGCAAAUGUCAAUUCAACUCAAGCGAAUUUAGUAAAAAUAUUUACAUCGAUAGAAAACAAAUAUUUAACCAUAGAUAGAAAAAUUUGGCACAUUUACUUAAUGUCAUAUAAAAUGCAAACCAGAUUUCGUAUUUAAAUCAAAUCAAUUGAC